AUGCAAAUUCCUACUCAUCAAUACAUUGUGGGAAAAGAAAACGAAUCAGUGAGCAUUUUUCCUAGGGAAGCAUUCCACAGCAAAGAAGGAUGGUCCUUCCUGGCUGCAGAUUUUCAAUCGAUUGAGUUACGUCUGUUGGCGCAUUUAUCUAAUGACAUCGCCCUUCUGAAAGUGUUCAAUGAAAAGAAUUCUUCUGAUGUUUUUAUCACUCUUACUUCACAAUGGCUUAACAAAAGAUCUGAAAGCGUUCAAUUUCAAGAAAGAGAGCAGACCAAGAGAAUUGUUUAUUCUGUUAUCUAUGGCGUUGGGCGUGAACGGCUUGCUAAGAACAUCGGAGUUAGUGUGGACAAAGCAAAGGAAUUUAUGAAGAGUUUCUUGGAUAAAUUCCCAGGAAUUAGCCUUUUUACUCGAAAAUGCAUUGAAGAGUGCAAGAAAAAUGGCUAUGUCUGCACAAUUUUUAAAAGAAAGCGCUGGUUCCCACAUAUUAAUGCACCUCAGUUCAAUCUCCGAGCACAAGCAGAGCGGCAAGCGGUCAAUUUUGUUGUCCAAGGUUCGGCUGCUGAUAUUUGUAAAUCGAGCAUGAUAGAAGUUGUACGUUCCUUCAAAAAAGAUCCUUCCAUUCGCGCAAGGUAA